AGCCGCUUGACCUCAGCCCAGCCCGGACUUAGCCAUGGGCUGCUGUGGUGGGAAGAGGCCAGAGGCGCCCACAGAUGGCUGUCCCUACAAGGUUGGGAAGCGCUACAAGGUGGCACGGCCACUAGAGGUUUGGAGCAGCGAGAGUUUGGAUGGCACGAGGCUUGCAUCUCUCCGCGCCAAGAAGGAUGUGGUGCUCCUGGUCCAAGUCUCGGAUCAUUCAGGAGCGCACCGGGGCUAUGUGAUUCCUCAGCCAGCUGAGAACCACCCGGCUGGGUGGAUUUCGCUGGAGGACCUGCGGGGCAAGAGCAUGCAGAGUGCCCUGCAGCGUGCAGAACUUCCAGGCUCUUGGGACCUGAAGGCUCGGUACAGCGUGCAGAACCCCGCGACGCUGCGUGCAGGCCCAACGCUAGACAGCGACUGGAUCGGGGAGCUGAAUGCAGGUGCAGAGGUCCUGCUGCUGGACUUCAGCGUCACGGUGGGCGACGGCAAGGCGAGGCUACGGGCGCUGGUGAGCGCUGGGGACAAGAUCGGCUGGAUGAGCCCGGAGACCGGGGUGGGCGACCACUUGCUGGAGCCGGUGAAUCUGCUCAGCCGCAAGGUGGUGGAUCUUCACAAGCAGUCCAUGAGACAGUCCUCUUCAGGAGGCGGCGGUGUGAGGAAGUCCUACCAGCAAGGCGGCAACUCUCCCUGGGAGGCCGGGGCCACGUACCGCAUGUUGGAGAGGGUCGCGGUGCGGAGCACCUCGGACCUCGCGAGCUCUGAGCUCUUCAAGGUUUCGGCCGGCGGGUUGGUGGAGGUCCAGGAGACCAACAACGUGGAGCUGCAGGGCGGCUGGUGCCCAGUGGCCAGGAUCAUAGUGGAGGAAGGCACGGAGAAGGGCAAGACCGGCUGGGUGAGAUGUUCCGCAAAGGAUGGUCAUGAUUUGAUGGACACCAGAGACCACAAAGAAUAUGAGAAGAUCCUCGAGAAGAUGAGAAGGUCCAUUGAUGCAGAACUGGUUCACGUCUCUCAUGAUGCCACCCCGGCUGCGAUCCAGGCUGGCAUUGUGGAAACGCAAAAGAAGCUUGAGGCCAAGAAGGAGGAGGAGAGGAGGCGGCAAGAGGAACUGGAGCAACAGGAGAAGGAGAAAGAAAGGCAAAGGGAAGAGCAGAAGGAGAAAGAGAGGAGGAAAAAGGAGCUCACGGAAGAUACUGACGGACCAGUUCAACAGGACGGAAGCCAACGGCGCCCUCCGAGAAGGAAGCGCUUAGACCUGGCCUUGGUUUGGCUGACGCCAUGCACGACCUCGAGCACCUCGACACAAGCGGCCAGGAUGACCGGCGGCCCAUCGGCGACAGAAUGGAGCCUGAGGAAAAGCUUGAGUGCUGCAUGUGCUCCUGCGGCAGGUGAUCCACUACCAGUCGUGCAUGUGCUGGAUGUCACAAGCUCAUUCAGAGUUUCACUUAAGCAAAUCAGCGAGCAGUGCCUUUGUUACUGGAGCUCGCUCGUGCAAGUCACUCGUAGGCAUACUUGCCAGCUUGUACACUAGAAAGGACAGUUGGUUUGGUACCGCUGGCACAGCACUUCCCAAAGAGGAUGCCGCCUGGCCUGCUGCAUGCCAUCCAAUUGCGACCUGGUAGGUGCCUUGGCGGAC